AUGUCCAGGGCACUGUUAAGUAAUGAAUCUUGUUUGAAGAAAUUGUCGGGAACAACAGAUUCACUGAACACAAGUGACUCAGAGAAGGCCCAGAGACGAGUGUCCCCUCCUGCAGAAGCAAGUGCCUCCAGACGGCACUCUAGACAAAAAUUGGAACUCAAGAGAAAGGAGAUUGAAGUGAAGACGUAUAGCCUGUGAGAAAGGAAGAGUCAUGCAUACAAAGAGGUCGAUGAGCCUCAGGAUGAUGACUACCUGUAUUGUGAGAAAUGCCAGAACUUCUUCAUUGACAGCUGUGCGGCCCAUGGACCCCCUACAUUUGUAAAGGACAGUGCAGUGGACAAGGGGCAUCCCAACCGCUCAGACCUCACUUUGCCCCCUGGGCUGAGAAUUGGGCCAUCGGGCAUCCCCGAGGCCAGGCUUGGGGUAUGGAAUGAGGCAUCCGAUCUGCCCUUGGAUCUGCACUUUGGCCACUUUGAGGGCCAGAUCACAGAAGAUGAAGAGGCAGCAAACAGUGGAUACUCCUGGCUGAUCACCAAGGGGAGAAACUGCUAUGAGUAUGUGGAUGGAAAGGACCAAUCUCGGGCCAACUGGAUGAGGUAUGUGAACUGUGCCCGGGAUGAUGAGGAGCAGAACCUGGUGGCCUUUCAAUACCGUAGGCAGAUCUUCUAUCGAACUUGCCAGGUCAUCAGGCCGGGCUGUGAACUGCUGGUCUGGUAUGGGGACGAAUAUGGCCAGGAGCUGGGUAUCAAGUGGGGCAGCAAGUGGAAGAAAGAGCUCACGGCAGGGAGAGGUGGGCAUCACUAUUAUUCUUUAAAAAGGACAGAAAAGGAAGAAUUCUCCUUGGGAAUUUUCAUG